GUUGCAUUGGAUCUGGUUCAUCUGACAGCUGAUACAAGAGUGUACUGGAGUUUCAAAAGGUGGAAGAAGGUUGCUUCCAAAACACAUACUGUAGGUCCAACGUGCACUUGCCACUGCAGAUUACUGACUAAAUUAUUUCAUUGUUAAAUAAAAUGAAUUUAAAAUUAAAUCAUUUGAAUCUCAUCUUUUUAGCAUUUCAUCUUUUAAGUAAGUUGUCUAGAAUGUAAAGCAUUGAAUUAAACUGGGUUUAGACUUACUAGUUCCUAGUUGUACUUACACGUGAGGGAGCGUUCUUCUUCAUGAACCCCUACAAUACAACAACUAAAAGGAAUAGUCCACGGUCAGUCAGUCUUAAUGCAAUUUGUUUUGUUUUAUAUGUGACAGUAAGAAAUAAAAACUUUCCAAAACAGCUGAUGCGUUCCAAAAAAAAAAAGAAAAAAAAAAAACAAGGCGAAGGAACCUAGUAGAAAUAUAAAGUGGUAAAUCUGAAAAAAAAAAUAAAAGAAAAAGAGCUUUUACAAGCUUUUUUGUUUUACAAUAUAAUCUGGGAUGGAUUCAUUACAUUAGGAGAUGUAGUUGGGUGUAUAAUAUGUUUGUCUGUACAUACAUUUGUGACAUGUUACAACAUUAAAGGCUAUUGCAUUUAUUUUUAUUCUCGUAAAUACUACGCGUAAAAUAAUCAUUCAUUAUAUAAACAUUUGAUUAACUUGGAAGUCAGGGAAAACAAUUGGUACAAUGGGGUGAAUUUUGCUUCCUGCAUGGCAGGGUCUUUGUGCAGUAUCAAAAAGUCUCAUCAGUGCAUGAAUAAAUGUAGAAAAACAAACAAAUUUCCUUUUCUGGGGGAAUAGUGCGUAAUCAUUCUAGUGAAGGAUGAACUUUUCAUCUCUUUGUAGAAAACAUUUCUUUGUUUGUGUUGUUUGGCUCGGGUGCAUUUCUGCACAUUUAUGCCUUUCAUCUCUACCUAUACCUCAGAUCAGGAGCUUCCUCAGGGUGCAAUCACAGCAGCAGCUUUAGCUUUGCAAACCAGGCAAGGUCUAAGGGGAGAGGAGGGGGUCAGCAACAUGAAACGAUGCAACCAUCAGCCAAAGGUUCAGUCUCACACUGUUAUCCAACUCUGCCAUUUUUAGAAGCCAUUCAAGCCGAUUAGUUAAUGCACACGGUUUUGCUCUAUGGUGGAAAUUAAAGUUCCGUUUGGUAGUAUCACUGGUUGCCAUAAUAAUGCAAGCAUGAUUAAUGAGGUUUCAUGGAAGUGACUGGGCAGAAAGCCUGCGCGACCUCUGCUGCUCUCAUUACUGUUUAAAUUUGCUCCUGAUGAAAAUCAGUGUUUGUCCAUGUUGAAACUUUUGCAGAAGUCAUAACCAGAUAAAUGGUUCAGCCAAAUUCCUAUUUAGCAAUGUAUGCAUAUACAUGCAAGCAUGUGGUUUUCAUACAUGUGAAUAUGCACACUCAAACAGUAGGUCAAACUAUACUCACUUCAUCACGUAUUAUUCGUUUUGUUUCAUCAACAAUCACUUUAUAUUCCUUUUAAUUCAGAUACUUUCAAAGUUCAUUCUAAGUAAAAAAAAAAAGACAGUUUGUGGGCACCUCUUUUAUCCCCCUCUUGAUAUCACCCCCUGGCCCCUCUCUGCAAGAGAGCAAAGGUGUGCAUGGGCUGUCAAAAGUUAAAUAACCUUUUUGACCACAUUAGUAUUCAAAGUCAAUUGUUUCAAGCCACGUUUAUGUCUGAGAGCUUAUGGGAAGAAAAGAACCUGAGAGAAGGAAAAUGAGUGUUAGAGACAGAAUUGUUAAGAAAGGUUCAGGUCUGGGGCAGUGGAAAGAGGCUGUUUGUGUCACUAUACUAAAAGGGGGAGAAAGUUAAGGGAAGAGGAGGAGAGAGAAAGAGAGAGAGACAGAGAGACAGACAGAGAGAGACAGAGAGAGAGAGCCCUUAUGACAGAGGUGGAUAGACAGAAACAGUUCUGUCUACAGCAGGAUUGUCCCGCCAAGAGCCUGCACCGGGGCCACAUGGAAACUUCCCCCUCCGACUUUUAGGCAGCCGGAGGAGAAGUUGUUGGUAUUGAAUAUCCUGGGGAAGAAAAAAAAAGGAAACUGUAAAUUGAAGAUCCAGACGUGAAGAUGGAAAAGUUUGUCGGUUGAAGUGAACAGUUUUGCAUGUUAAAGACUUGCUGUUUUGACGUUUCCUAUUGGAAGCAUUUGGUUCUGCCAUACAGAAGGCAGUAGUUGCUCUCCUUAAAAAUCUGAUAAUAAAGACUGAAAUUUUAUAUGACAGAAAAUAGGAUGACUUGCAGGAAUAGGAGCCUGGCUGAAGAUCAGGAGUAUAAGUGUGGGAAAUGUAAGUCUAUAAGUGACCAAAAAUGUAUUUGUACACUACUUUGGUUGAGACUUAAAUGUCUCAGGAGUUGUUUGAUGGAUUGCACUGAAUUAUUGUACCCAUCUAACUUUGGUUAUCACUUUACUUCACCCCUCUUAUUAACAAAUGGUCAAAGUUUUCAUUAUUCCAGUAAGAACAUCUCCUCAAAAAUUGUAUUUAGACUUUUAUAGCUCUGGUUAGGUAUUAUGUGGCAAAUACAUGAUAUCCUUUCUGUUAACAGCUUUGUGUUGUGGCAAAAUACAUACUUCAAACUGAGCUAAGUGCUACAAAUAAAAAAAGAAAAAAGUAAAAUACCACUCAAAACUGAAAUGGAAAGUCUGGCUGGUAAAAACUGUUAAACGUGGAUAUGUUUGCACUUCACUUUUUGCGUCUUAGCCUGCUGCUAAGAGAAAGUUACCUUGAGUCUGUGAGCAUGGAAGUAUGCAGAUUUUCGCUCAGUCCACCACUGUGCUGCAUUGCAACCUCACAGAGAUGCUAGGAUGGCUGUAGGGGAGCCUAUUCAUCUCAGAUCAAGAUUUGCAAGAGAGGCCAUUAGGCAGGGAGGAAGUCAGUCUGUAAUAACUAAACAUAAAUAAAGUUAGGCCAAGACAAAGGUUUGAUAGAUGUGUGUGUUUUAAACCUUGAGACUGUUUGAAAUAUGAAGUGACUUUUUGAAGUAGUUACAAAGAAAUGAAAUCGCUGUAAACUUCCUACAGUCUGAAUGAAGCUUUAAGUCUAACCAUUAAACCAUUAGGUCCUUCCACCCCAUACCCAAUUAAGCUCUUGCCCCUUUGCCAUCAACAGUAAAUUUGUGGUCAGAGGUAGUGGCCAGUUCAGGUCAGAUUCCUCUGUUUCUUCUUGUCCCAUGUUCACACUCUCAGAGGGAGCGAGGGCAUGCCGUGCAGCAGUCCUCUGCCUAUUAAUAGCAGCCAGGGAUGGAGUAGGGGGCAAUCUGGAUGGCGUGUAAAUUUAGACCCUCCCCCUUGGAUGUUCCGUUGAUGUCAUAAGCCUGACCUCUGACCCAGGAGCCUGACUGCCACAAGGCCCAUGUUGAACUUGAAUUUCAGGGGUUCGAAUGCAUGCCAGCACAUGCAAACUCAUGCAAUCACUCAAACAUCUACAGUCCAUGUACAUGCACACAACUGUACUUAUCAAGUGCAGCAUCUAAAACAGUUUUAUGCAAAGUAUCAAUGCAUGUCCCCCCAUGAUGCAAAGUGCUUAGACUUCCAUCCUAAGCAACAAACCACACUGAGUGUGGACGUCUUGUGUCAAAAAUAACUUGUGUGCAGAGAGAAGUGCUGCUUGUUUUCUGCAAGAAACCACAAAAGCUACAGAUAUAUCUUUUUCUUUCUUUCUAAAAUUUUGGUUUUAAAUGAUCACAAAGUUUUGCACAAUUAAACACACUCUUUCCUGAGAUCCUUAAAUUGACUAUAAAGUUAGAGUGGGGUUAUUAGGUGGAGAUCUCACACAGGUUCCCACAGCCUUAUCCAGUGUCUCUGCCCCUGCCAGAGUUAUGUGAUGGAUUGGGGGGGCAGGAGCAACUGAUCUUCAAGGUAUGUCAGCCGACACUCUUGGGAUUCCUUGUGCACAGCACCAAGAAGACCUCAAACUACAAAUAUAACAACAUUGUUAAAGGCACAAUUCCUCUUGUUUUAUUUGUUGGUCCAUUAAAGUCGUUGGUAGAUACCAGCAGAGCUUUGACCAUAUUACUGUAAGAACUGUGUUGAAAUAAAUGAUGGUGAUACUGAAUAAGUGGGCCAAUAUGAUCCGUGCACUGUUCAGGUUUCAGAAAGUCAUGACAAAGGAUCUGCUUCUGUUACAGUCAAGCUUUGAGUAUUGCACCUCUACACACUGGGCAUGUGCACUAAUGUGCACAUUUAUUGUCAAACAUUACAAGUCAAACAGUAGUCCAGCUAUACUAUGUUGACAUUAUAACUCCAGACACAAUGGAUGUUGACAGUCCAAAUGCCAACUGAUGCCACCUUCGACCAAUCACACUAGCACCCGCUACACUUGAGGCAGUCAUAAACAACAUUCUUGCCCUCAAAUGUCUUCUGUGCUGCCCAUGAGUCAUACAACUCAUUAAACCUUGCACCACCAACAAUAAUGUUUUGAUACAUCACAAGACACUCUCAAUCUUUGUUGUGUUUAUUCUUUUCAUGCUCUGCUUUUUGUUUGCUUGUUUUUAUGUAUCUGAUUUUUUUAAAUUCAUGUAAAUGAAUAUCCCAAACGUGUCAGUGGAACUAAUAAUAACCCCAACACAGGUUUUACAAGGUCCUCUGGUCAUAAAAGUUUAGCUACUGUAUAGGUCAGCUUUUUGGAUUGCCUCCUGGUGGACACCCUUUCUAGCCUCAAUAGAAACCAGUUAAUGUUGCUAAAUGUUAAAUUAUUGAGAUAUUCUCUUUUAAAAACUAUUGUUUCUAUACCCCAAAUCAAAAUGUAGCCAAUCUAGCAAUAACCUGCAGUAAAAUUAUGCUAAUAGACGUGACAGGGAGAGUUUGAGUCAGGGUCUGUUCUUGUCAAAAGUGUUUCAAUUAUUUGGAGGAAAAAAAGUACCGAAGCGUAAGUGCAGGGGUGUGGCUACAUGGGUGACCAGGGUGGUACAGUCUCCUUUGAAAUCUGAAUGGUCACCCGAGGUGCCAACCCAAAAUCCAAAACAAGGGGAAAAGAAUGUGUAAUGUCUCCAGUCUACAGAGCAAAACUCUGACAGAUGGGGUUUUGUGGCACUUAUUCAUAUUGUUUCUUUGCUUAUGCUAUACCCACUCUCGGAUGUAUUCUGCGUCAGACACAAGUGUCUGCUAGGUUAAAGUGUGAUGCUGUAAAACUAUAAUAUGCUAUCUGCCAUGUCAGAGGUUGGAUUUGAUGUUAAAAUUUAACUAUUAUGUGUGAACACAAGCUUAAAAAAUGUUGCGUUCAAAAGGUCAAAAGGCAACCUUUUAGGAUAAAGUGGAGUCUUAUUUCUCUGCUGAUGUUGUCUUGUACAUCUUCAAGCUGUGUUUUCAGUCACAAGAUGUUAUUAUCAUUAUUUAAAUAUAUCUCUGUCUUUUUUAUCACCAGAAUUUAACUCCUUACAGUUGCUUUAAAAUUAUUUGAAAGACGUUCAUACCAUUUUAUAAAAAGGAAUCAGAAAUCAGAAAACACCAAACUAGGUCCUCAAUGUCACAAAGGUCAGUAAUUCACUCAUCAGUAAUGUUGUAUCAAAUGCUUUAUCAUGAAUAAUGUUCACAGGAACCUGUGUCACAUGUCAGUUAAAAAUACAUUUAUCCAGAAAGUUUUAGUUUUUUUCUUUUCAGUGCACACAAACCAUGAUUUGCUCAGUGCAAACAAAUACCUUGCCACUGCAUCAUAAGUCAAAAUAAUGUAAAUCUAAAUGUUAAUGUUCUUUAUUUAUACAGCCCUUUACAACAACCCUUUCAGUGAACCAAAGUGCUUUACAAUAGAAAAAAUGAAUAAAUAAAAACAACAAACAGCAAUAAAAACAAUAAAAGCAAACAAUAAAUAAAACAAUAAUAUAACUAUAUUUAUACAGCACUUUUUGAAACAGAGUUACAAAGUGCUUCACAACAUAAAAAACAGAAUAGUGGUAGAACAUACAGCAGCAGACACCUAUACUGUUUCCAAAACAGUCAGUCAAUAGGAAGGAUUUGGAAUGCAAUAAAAGAUGUAGCUUCCAUGGGGAUGUUUUCUGGGUUUAAAUGGAUCCUCCUCUCUUUCCAAACUGAACCAGGCUGUUCAUACAUCCUGAGUAAUUAAAAAAUAGCUGAAAAUCUUCCUUAGGCAAUCUAAUUAAUAAGCACAUUAAGUGUGCCCAAUUUAACCCAUGGCAAAACAAACACAGCUCUGGUCUGAAAUAUUGUGUUCAGAUUCCAGUGCCUGUGGUUCCAAAAUCUCUCCUCGCUCUCUUUAAAAUGUUAAACACCACAAGAUUUAAAUUUGGAUAAGGCUAGGCAAACCCUGCCAUGCCCAAUUGACGCCCCUGGCAGUCCACCAAACCACCGGAUGACAAGUCUCCAAAGUUUUACGCACAGAGAGCGCACGGGGAGUUUGCGAGCACGCGUGGGGGGUCCCUCCCUUCCAGGCUGUCCGUGGCCUCCUCACCACGGCGGGCAGCUCCAAGAUUGAGCCAAACCCUCUUGAUCCCCCAUUUCCCUCUCUCUACCUUUCCCCUGAAGAAACAACCCGGCGUUACGUCAGACGGUGCAGGGCAAGCAAGAGAGCGUCUUAGGAGCUAUUCGUAGGCAUUACUGCCAAACCCGGCUUGAGGCUGCUCACGAGCUCACUGCAGCCAAUGCAAUUGACAAAUCCAACUCUUUUAAAACAGCAGCAGUAUGUGGUAAGUCAAUUAUUCAUUCAUACUGCUUCGCUUUCAAAAAUUUUUCACAGCCUUCUUCACAUGACAGGUCUCUGUUGCUGGCACAAUUGCGCAAAAAAAGCCAACAGUGUAAACGGUGUAAAAUUAAAGAGCAGGCUGGUUUACCCUGUAGCCUUAGUGAAAACACCAUGACAUGAUGAAGCAACAGAGAUCUUUGACGCACAGAGAUUUCUGCAGCAUUUUUUGUGUUUGACUGUUUGCUGAUCUCAAAAAAACAACAUGCCCCACGCUCGAAAUAGGAACCCUAGCCCCAUCCCAGAAGUAACAUGGGACACGGGAUUGAAGGAGAUGAACGAGACCUGGAAAGGAGCUAUAGCCUGUCUCGGGGUGGCCGUCUUCUUUGUCAUGACCAUUGGGAUCAUUUACUGGCAAGUGGUGGACCAGCCCAACAAGAACUGGAUCCUCAGGGGGACUUUUAGCGGACUGAUCUGGGAGAGACGGACCCACUCGCUGGUCAUACAGACAUUAACAGAGGACAAGACCUUUGUAGAGAUAGACGUCGGGAAUGUAGGGAACCCUGACAUCGAGGUUCCCUUCGUGAGGAACCUGUGCUGGUUCAAUAAGACAGAGUUCUGCUACACGUGGGACUCAGUGGCCGAGGUGAAGAUUUCUCUGGAGGUUAAUGAGGAGACAGAGACGGAGUGCUACAGUAUGAGCUGGGCGCCGGUGCACUGUCAUGUGGAGCUGAAGGUAAGCUCUGCUUUUAAGUGCACACCUCAGCUGAUGAAAGGAGGAAUCUUACAUUUAAGAUGAAUGUGAAAAGCAAAAACAUCUUUGGCGCUUGCAGUUGAGUUCAUUUGCAGUUUAACGUGUUUUUGUGCAUGGCAUUAUUAGCAUUGGCGCACAAUAUUAAAUGUGCAAUUUUCCCCUAAAUGGCUCUUGUUCUCUUUAAAAUUAUGCUUUUUUAUAUUAGUAAGUGACACGAUUUUUACUGAACCACCCAAAUUGUUAGGAUCUGAGAAAUUAGCAGAUUAUAUUAAACUGAUGCUAUAGUCUUCCCCAGGAGGACAAUCCAGGAACAAUCUGGUUUAUAUGAUUUCUGUAAAAUUCCAACACUGAUUUCACUGUUUGUUUUAUGGUUGCAGUUUAUUGUUUUAAAAUGUAAAGUCAAAAACAAUCCCAUCCUAUUGAAAUAUUGAAAAGGCACACGAAUGACGUCUCUGUGACUUUUGAUCGGAGGAAGGAAAGAGUUUGCAUCAGUCAUCACACCUUUACUUCUCACAGUCCACAAACUGCGCUGAGUGGGAUAAACCUCGUGUUAGAUCUGCUUCCUAACGCUUGUUUUGAUUUUUUUUUUACACGCACAGUACUUACUGUACUUUCCCCCCCAGCUUAAUUAUCAAAGGCAUUUAACUAUUGGGAUGUUUGGGGAGGUUAAUCUGUCCCCACUGGAACAUUCCUCGCCAUAACUCCCUGUCAUGUGGCACGACUGCUCUCUGGAGCUCUGUCCAAACUUAAGUAGCCUUUAUUUUCCUCAUCUCCUCACUGAAACCUUGCUCAGUACUUCUCAGGUGACCACUUGGCACCCUCUUUCAAAGUCCUUAACAGGGAUCACAUUUGCUGGAGUUCAAUGAUAAAGAUACCAGUUUGAGCAUCUGUCCCCAUGCGUAAAGACGCUGUGUGGGAGGACAAGGUUUCGCUUAGAAAACGCUUCGUCAUUCAAUCCCUCGUGCGUGCGUGUGUGUGGGGAAUAUACUCUCGUAACAGUGGUCACAUUCCUCUCUGUGCCACGCAUUUCUGCAACGAAGAAAUAGUGAAUUUUACCAAGUGUCAAAGAUUAGAUUAAAAGUUUUCUUUCAACAUUUUUUUUUUAUUUUACAUGAAUCUCAAUUCUGACAGAACAUCUAACUGCUGUAGUCGACUUUUUAUAAAAAUAUGAUGGAUAGUUGGAAUAAAAUUUUUUAUGGAGGUGGUUUAAGAAAAAAUGGCCUUUGAUUUUCUUUAUAUCCUGAAAUAUUUGGAUUUUUUUUCUUAUUAUUGUAUUCGAGUAAUUCAUAUGAAGUAAAGCCUUUCUUUACUUGCCCCUUUCCUUUUGGUGUCAUAUCUCUCUAACUCUGUUUUAUCUCUGCUUGUUGAUGCACUGUUGGCAUCUCUUCAGGACUGCUUCUCUAUGACCAACGUGUCCUGGUACGGAGGGGCCAGUGUCCGGGGUCAGACCUGGCCCAUCAAUGAUCAGAACGCCACCAUGCAGCCGUUCACUGUGAGUAAUCUGAAGGACAAUCCCUCGGGCUUUGGUUCAGCCCUGGAGCGCUACUUCCUGGGCUCAUCAGGUAAGAUCUUCCUGCUAAUGCUGACUAUGUUUUUGGCAGAGGCAGGGUCACUGUUCUUUACACACGGGUCUAAAAGAGCUUUUGAACAAUGAUAGCAAUGGCACAUAGGUCAUCUGUUUUUCCAUACUUGUUGUUGGUACAGGGUUAGUAAAGGGGCUCUUGAAAUCUGACCUCGCAUCAGCGGGUGUACAAUGAAGGGGUGUGAAUCCCAGGGCAAGAGGGAAGCCCUCUGGAUGUUGUUGUGCUUUCUUUCCACAUGCAUGUGUUUGUUUGUGUUUGAGUUGAGAAAAAUAGUCCCACCACCUCCAGAUCUGGCAUCCCUAAAAACACUCUCAACACUGGCUGCCCCACAAAUAGAGCGAAACACGACACUGUCUGUGGCACGUUGGUUUAAUUUCCAGAUUAGACUACAAAGAGAAGCAAACCACCUUUAGCAUCUUAAAUUAACUCUUAGGGAUGCCGAGGUAAUUGCCUUUUGUUUCUAUUAAAAGAGCAGGUUGGAUGAAGGCCCUGCUGACUCUUAUAACUCACCAGGUUAUUUUGGGGGGUGUUAGAUUUUAUUCUGGGGGGCCAAAGGGGGGAGCAGGGACCACAGGCGGAUGUGAAUGGUUAAUGUGACUGAUGAGGAACGUGUGGUGUUUGUGUGGAUGUGAGUAUAACAUUAACCUGGGGGACUCAAGCCUUAUAUGAUGUGUUGAGUUUGCUUCCUGAGCUACAGAACAAACAAACAGAUCUUGUUUUUUUUAAAACUGUACAUUAAUACAGUUACUGUUUACAAUCAGGCUGACAAAAAUAGAUUGAGAAAUAAAUAGCAGAUUUUUGUCAGCACAUUAUAAUAUGAACCAGACGGUGGGUCAUCUCUUAUUACUUAAUUAAUUUUUAGCGGUUAACAUUCAUUCACAUACUGACAGAAACAGAUGACCACACAAUCGCCGGUGCACAUUUGGGGAUGUUAUGUAACACAGUGGCACACGGCUUAACAACACCCUCACAUGACUUAAACCCCUUUCCACCUUGUGAGAAGAGGACAGUGGUGAUCGGGACCCCGUAACCCUUUGUUUCUCUGACCGGCUUUGCACGGAGCAAAAACACACACACACACACAUGUGAUGAGAGCCACAACAGUCUCAACGUUGCUUGGUAACCAUGCAAAGACACAUAUCGUACAUAGCUCCCCCUGACAUAGCAAGCUGAUGCUCAGCAAUGAUAACAAUGAGUUUUGGAGCCUUAAAGAUACAUACAACAUGAUAUCCUGCUUUAAAGUUCAAGGAUGUUCACUCGAAUAUCUUCAUGAUGUUCAUAACUGUUUCACAGACAAAGAUGGAUUAAGAUUUGUACUGCUCUGCCUUUGAAAGCAGGAAUGAUCACGGUCCUGACAUGUACUGUUUUUCCCCCCUGUGCAAGCUGCUUAUGAGUUUUAAAGAAUUUAAGAGUGCCAGGCGUCAGAGUUGGAUCAUGGGUCAAGAUUAUUUUACAUUUGUUUUCCGAAGUGGAAAUUUUCAGCCUUGAGGUGAAACUAUCAUAAAACAACCAACUCCAGACACGAUUUCAUCAGACCUAAUCCAAACAGCACAAUCUAAAGUUAAUGUGCCUGUUUGUGCCUCAUUCAUGUCAGCUGUUUAUGCUUCGAUAUUAAAUAUUCAUCACACCACAAACAAAAAUCAGACCUGCAGGGUCAUGUAGAUGUCAAUGUAAACCUAAAUGCAUGAGGGAUUUGACUGCAGUGAUGCUUAUUACACUUCAAUAAAACUUGUUUCAAAGAGGGAUGGAUGUAGAAGGUGUGAGAGGCAAUCUCAUAGAGCAUCACUUUUAUGAUUCUACUAUUGCAUUUAUGAAGGCACUGAUUACUGUUUGACUACUAAUGGUACGCUCAGAGGUUUGCGUUCUGUAUGUAAACCUUUUUUUUUAAGUAUUUUUUCUAGGAGUAUGUAAACCUUUUUUUAAGAUAUAAGAAGGGCUGAUAGGUUCAAUUUAACCACUUUUUAAUACUUAAACUAAUGAAACAAACACUGUUUAUGAACAGACUGCAAGUCAAUGUACAGGUGAUAUGACUGUGAUUUCAUUUAAAAUGUAUAACGUGAGAUUGUAUCAUACAUAAGUAUUAUCUAUUUAUAUACACACUCGCAUGGUGUGUAUAUACCAGUGAGAGCUUGGAAAAGAAAACCCUCUGUUGAUCCUGAACCUGAAUCUUAUCUAUUCUCUCGAGGCUUGAAUCAACUUUCUUGGCUUUAAGAUUGAAAAAUAUCAUCCUGCACCCUUGUUUUCCGUCCAACAGUUUUGUUCGAAGCAAGAACCAAAGCACAGAUUAGAAAUAUAUUGCAUAAUGGGAUAUAGCCAUAACAGAGUUUUUGCUGAGGAUAAAUGCAGCGAACAAAUUACAGCAGCUUUUGUUGAGAAAUAUAUCCAGUUUUGUGUGGCUAUAAAUAGGAUCAUUGUAAGAAAGUGUUAGAUUAUGCAACUGAGUGACGUUGCGAGCAGAUUAUUGAUUAUUGGCAGUAAAACAUUGUUUUUGUAAUAAACGGGCAAAAUCUAAUUGUUUACAGGACCAAAACUCACUGCCAGUGUGUAAAACAUUUCAUUUUGAGUCAUUAUAACUCACAUUAACAGCCAUGUUUUGUAUCAGUUGUUGUAUUUCCACAAAGAACCGGGCUUUCAACACCUUAAAACAAAUGGCCAUUUUUUCAAUUUGCCAUGACUUCUUGUAUGUCAAGCCAUUAACUGUAAUAAGAAAGCUGGUGCUCUUCUCCUGCUUUGACUAAAAAAGAAAAAAAAACUCAUUAUAUUUCCCUUAAAAUAGAUUCUUGAAAGGCAGCACUCCAUCAAGUCCUGAACAUUUUGUUGAAAUUUUUGUUUAUAAUAAAUGGACCAAAAAAUCAGAUUUUCUGGGUAAAGAUUUUAUUGCUGCACUUUUUAGUAAAACAAAUAAACUGCAGUUUCAGAGCAUUGUGCAAUGUAAUAAUUUUAGGAUUCACAGCUGUGUGAACUCGGUUACUGUUGCAACUUAUUUUUGUUGUGCAUAUGAAGGGUUGUAUGAGCUUGAGAUCUGUCUGCACUUACUCUAGUUAGUCACAGGAGCACAUUAUGAAUGUGUUUUGGAAUAUGGAGCUGUGGCUGAUAAACUGAGAGGACUCCAGGGGACACUUAACGCAUGAGGAGGACGGAUUGAAACAGAGGGGCAGCAAUACAAUGACAUUACAGGCUGUAUAAAUCACAUUAAAUAUGGUAAAAGUAAAACAGUUAAGAGGAGAUUGAAAAGCAGGGACUCAGUACGGAUAAUCCAACUGUGCAGCAACAGAGUGAGAGCAGGAACAUGUCUCAGCCCCGAGUUUCUUCGUUCACACAAACAAACACGUUGUGGCUUAUAAGAACAAAUAAAUAGUCAACGAGCCCCCUCCUGCAUUACAAACACUGGAGGAAAUAUCUGGGGAGAAGUAGUCGCACCACUUUUUUCCCUACAUUUCCUAAAUGUAGAUUAUAAGGAAAUCUUGUCAUCACUUUUUAGUUCAUGUGUGGUAACAGAGUAAUGCAGCUAGAAAAAGUCCAGCUCCCAGGUUCUGCCGGUUUGCUUUUGACAGUAGUGAGUUAAAAGAUGUCAUCAUUCAGGGUCUAUAUUUGGAGCAAUAUUAUCCAAUUUGCUGUGAUGGUAUUUAAUAUUGUUAAGAAACAUAUGUGCAUCAUUAUUUCUUGAUUUUCUUUCUUUUGGGUCAAAUGUUAGCUUUUGUUGCCUUUAUAUAGAAAGGAUAGAGCAGGUAAUGGGGAGAGAGAACAGGGAGGGAGUCAUGUGCUUUUUUAAGGACGUAUAAUAUUAGAUUUUUGUGGAUAUCUGAUUAACUGAGAUUCUUCAAACUCAUAGUGGCUGAGACUGACAUAACACCUAUAUCUACACACACACUUUUUUUUUCCUUUGUAAAGUGUGCACAGAUUCUGCUGUAACAGAGUUUACCUCUUAUAGUGACAUUCCAGCCAGAACAUAAACCAUAAAUAAUUAAUGUUUUUUUUUUCUAUAAACAGAUAAACUGAUAAUGAGUCUGCUGUCUGUUUCCACUCCAAAACACUUCCAUUAAUCUAACAUGUAAUUUAUCACUGUUUUGGCCACUAGUAUUAUCUGCAGGAGUUUCCAUAUCUGCCUGUACUGAUAAUGAUGUGAUGUCAAGCCAAUAUUGUGCAUCCUUAGAUUAUUUAUAUUGUGCAACCACCUGAUUUCAAAUUCAUCUUAAUUGUUUCACCUGCAUUUAGUUUCUGUUAUUUACUUAAAAGGUCAGCCAUAUAUUUUUUUUUAUCCACUUGUUUUUAAUUUUAUUAUUAUUAUUAUUAUUAUUAUUAUUAUUAUUAUUAUUAUUAUUAUUAUUAUUAUUAUUAUUAUUAUUAUUAUUAUUUAUGUUUUUAAUCCAAUUUGCUCAAUUUAAUCUAAUCUAAUCUGUUGUUGUUGUUAUUGUUGUUUUGAUUUAGCUUUUAAAAGACUUUUUAAGAACUGCAUUAUAUGACUAACAAUGUUUCAAGUUAAAGAGACAAAAUCUUCUGUUCUGUUGCCUUCAAAAAUAUUUUUAACACUAGACAGUUAAAUUAAGUCAAGAAUGAUGGAGGAUAUUUUAUGACACAGCCGUCAGUGCUUUGAAUGACUUGCAAUUUAAUCUGCAACUAAAGGUGACAGCCAGGUUAAUGUAACCACAACAGCGAAUAGUAAGUCACGUUUCAGAGCAAACAAUCAUUUUGUAACAUUACUUUUUUAAGUAAAGUUGAACCAAAUUAGUAUAAUGGGCUUUCUAAAUCAUCGGUAUUUGUUUUGAAUCAUUACAAAACACAACAAUAGAUUUGCCAUGAUUGGAAAAAAUACUCUUAUUUGGGCUAGAGUCUUUGUUCCUUAUGGAUUCAAUUUACAAAUAUGGUUCUUUCUAGCUUUUAGGCCAAACUAUUUGUCAUAUUUUUAAUUCUAUUAGCUUUUUUUCUUACCCAUAAAAAUUAAGAGUCAAUAAAUUCUCCAAGUCCACAUGCAGAUAUUUACAUACUUUAAAAUCUGAUAACUUGCUUCCAUCAAGGUUUUCUUAAUUCAUCAGAACAUAUAAGGACUCAGAGCAGACAGAGAGUGUUACCGCUCAACCAGUGCUGACAUCUCCUCCUAUAAAAGUCGUUUAUUUACUGUCUCUUCUUAUCUUCCUUUAUCAUACUAGCCUUUAUGAAGUGAGCAUCACAGAUAAGAAUUAGAUAUUUCUCCUUCAGCUGAAUAUUUUUCACCCCUCUUUCUUUGUUUCUAUCACUGAUUCGAUCUUUACUCAUGGGAUCCAGAAACACGAUACUCAACUCCUUAUUUACUAUUUGAUCUCUCUGAGGGAUCAGGCCAAGCACACCAGACAGAUAGGAAUAAAAGUUAUGUACCUAUUGUGGGUUUUUUUUCUUCUAUCUUUCAGAUGAUGGCACUUCAUCAGCUUUUUAUGGUACAACAAGUGGAGAUGUAUUUCAGUUUUGUUGCUUAUUAGGGAGCAACAGCAAAGAAGGCGAGGCAUCUAAAGACAAAAAAGCCAUUUGGCUGUUCCUUUAAAACAACAUUUUUUGAUCUCUCCUUUUUAGGGUUCAAAAAAGAUCUUGAGAUUUUCUGAGAAUCUUCAGAAAAGGCUGGUGUAAGAACUCAGGAUUUAUCUUUCAGGACUUUUCAGUUAAGGGAGUGAAGUGGUUCGAUUUAAAGACUUUGGGUUUCCACUGUUUCUUUAGUCUGAGGGAGAUAAUUUUCUUUUCUUAAUUUACUCAAAAAAACAGCAAUCACAGGAUCAUUGUGCCAAAUUUGUACAGCAGUAAAUUCUUAAAAAAAAAAAAGAACCACCAAGUUUGCAUGUAAAAAGAUAACAAGCUUUAGUUGGCCCUACUGUCCGGACGCAUGUGACUGUUUUAGUCUGAGGUCCCCUUCACAGCUGCCCCGAUGCUCAGAGUCUCUGUGGACCAGUCAGGGGUGAAACAAUUUAACAAUGAGUCACUUAUCCAACUGAAGCGCUGUCAAAAGCAAGCUGUCAUCCCUUGUGUGAGCAGCCUAAUGCAUGAAAAUCAUCCCACAAACAUUUUCCACUCUCCAUCGCCUGUCUAAUACUUUCCAUCAGGGACGACAAGCGGGAAACAUUACAGAGAGGGACUUUUUCAACAGAGGAUUGAUAUAACAGCUUCUGGUCUAGUUGUGGUGGGCAGGAGACUUUAAAACCAUUUAUCACAAAGUUAAUGGAAGAAGGAUCUGUGGAUCUUAUUUUUUUUUAAGCACCAAAAAGUACAAACAAAUUGUCUGAAAUGCAUGUUUACUUUGCCCUGAGAGCUGAAGCAGAAGAAACUGGUUGAUGGAGAAAGCACAUUUCUAUUAUCCUUCAAGAUAUUUUUGUUUGAUCUAUUAAUAGUCAAAAGACAAAUAUGCACUUGCGAUAUCUACACACAACACAGCGUUUCACUCCUGAAACAAUAAAACUGAUUGAUAGAACGAAAAGUGCCGAGAACGUCUCUUGAGUGUUUCAUUAUUUUUUCAAUAAGUGGAAUUGGAAAUUUACUGCCAUGGCAAAAUCCCAGUUUUGUGGCCAUCAAUUUCUUGAGGUUGGGCACAGAAACUAAGUUUCCAUUGUUAAGGAAACGCAUGCCUGAGCACACUUGCACACACAUUUGCAGACUCACAUACAAAACUAGUUUUGAAUACACCUUUUAAAGUCCUAGUCAGGUUUGUAAGUGUGCACAGGUGUCAUAAAUAACAGGAGGAAUAUGACAGGUAAAAGAGUGCAGCCCAUCUGGAACACAGCAGCAGGGAGGUCAGACGGCUGUGUGAGAGCCGAGACGCCAUCCUCUCUGACCCAUCAGAAGUUGCACGGGUUCACAAAAGCCACCACCUACAAAUGUCCAGCUCAGACGGCGCAGGAGGAAGUGCACAACUUUUACGAUCUCAUAAGUUUUACUCUGUAUUUCUCGCAAGUCUUAAGCUUCCUGUUAACAAAAGCGAGUAAAGGUGUGUGAGAAGAAGUUGCUGGAAUGGUGCGUUCACUAAAUCCGUGAUACUUCAUUCAUUUCUCCUCUCCCUGUCUACUGCUUUUAAGGUGAGGGGAUACGCUCAGUCAGGCAUAUAAUUUUUGCUUUUGAGAGCUAGUGGAAAAUAUUUCAGGGGAAGCUUGAAGUGUUUAAGGAAUUGUUCUAAAAAUAGGAUCCCCCCUCUCUCUUCCCCUUUAACUCCUGGGCACCCCACUUUGGCUGUAACUCAAGGCCUCAAACCUGCUUCACUUUCUUUAAAUAACACUUAUUGAUUCCUGCAGCAGUCUGCUUCAUGCAUCCUUGAGUCAAAGAUGAGUGUGUUUGCAUGUGACACACACACACACACGGCAUGAUUAUGAAGCAGGAGUUUAAAAUAUGAACCGGUGUAAGUAGAUCUCUUUAAACACUCAGUCUUGAGUCGGUGUUUCGAAUGUGUUUGGCUGCAGAAGGGACAAAAGAUAAGGCCACUUUUCUCCAGGUUGUCCCAUUUCCUUGAGGCCCUGCAGUGUCAUUUCCCAUAAAAAUUAAAUAUGACUCGAGAAGUCAUGCUUGCAAACUUUAACUCCACUUUCCACCCUGUGUGCACUUUAGUAAAACACACACACUGUUUUCAGCCUGCUGUAUCUGCACAUCAUUCUACAAGGCUGCUCGGUGUCUGGUGUUCUUGGGUCGCCUCUAUUUCCACUGCCUGCAUUCCUCUUCUAUUCUCCCAUAAAGCUAUGACAUUUCUCCCCUGCCCCGCUUUCUAUUCCUGUUAAUAUAUCCCUCUAAAGUGCUCAGUUUCAUGCUACCUUUCCUCCAGUGAAAAUUCCUUUAUGCCAUUUUUAAAUCACAGUUAAAAUCAAAGAGCAAUUCCUCGUGAAAAUCUACAUCUGUCCAUCAUUAUGAAUCCGUCACAGGCAGUAAGGAGGUGACCUAAUACCUUGUGAGAGGCAGCUGAGGAGUUACCAGUAUCUCUUUGACAUUAUCCAUUGCAAACACGUGAGAAUCACCCUGAGGUGAAAGGCUCUCGGGUGGGCUUUAUGUAGUUUGCUACUGAUCUCUGCAACUAUUAAUCUGAUUAUAAACCGGUAGAUGAGUAUCCGGUCUGCUCCUGGUCCAUGCCUGUGGGAGAAUAGUGAGCCCUUUGAAACUAGAGAGGGGAGCUGAAGCAAGCCUGGGCUCUCAGCCUGGGAAUAAAGUCUGUCUGCCUGUUUGGAAAACAGGUUUUGUAAUCUAAUCGGCACAUUUACCGCUUUAAUUCUAAAUCCCAUCAGAGCUGCUUUAAGUCAAAGCUGGAGCGAGUGAGCGAGCUGAAUGCAACAGUUUUUGUGGACUUGAAAUGGGAGAGGCCAAAAAAACAGCUGGGAAGGUAAAGCCAGGUGGAGUCAGAAGCAGUCAGAUGCAGAAGUAUAAAUCAGGCUGGAUGGGUGAGAAGUGGUGAGGACAGGGGGGUAGAGGUAACCCAAGAGGCAGGAGGCAUUCCUUGCAGGGCAACUACAUCUGCGGGCAUGAUUAUCUGCUUUUCAUGAUCUCCUCAUUUCACAUGGCCUAUGAAAGAAUGUGUAUACAUUCAGGGGGGUUAGAAACAAGGGAUUUCCCUCGGCUAAAAUCUUUUAAAUGGCUACAGGGGACACAUUUGAACACAGAUCGAUCGAUCUUAUUCGGUACAGCGCCACAAAAAAAGAAGUUAUCUCUGGACAUUUUACAUAGAGAUUAAGUGAUCCAAUAUAUACAACCAUAUAGAAAUCAACAGAUCCAAUAUAACCAAUCAGCACAGAAAAAAAAAAAAAACAUUUUUGACAAGCAGAACCUUCAGUAAAAUCAGAGUCAUGGUAAACAGCCAUCUGCCACUGAUGGCUGGACUGAGAAAAUAAAGUUGCAAGACUGAAAAAAGUUUCAUUACAGUUAAUAGUACAAUUUUACCGUAAAAGACACACAACCGUAGUAGAGAAAAUAUGACUAAUAUUAGCUAUAGAGUCUGCUGUGCGUUAAUGUUUACAGGAGUGUGACUGAUAUCAUGCAGGUCCAGGAUAGAGACCUGAAACACAUGACAGCACAAAAACUCACAGGAACAUAGGUUAGUCAUGUGCAUCAGUGGGACAUGGCAGGUGUUCUCUGUGGUUUUAACAGAUGAGAGUUGCUUUAUUUAACAAGGAAAACCAAAAUUCAUCUUCUAUACCACUUUCAAUAUACAUCCUUGCUACCUUGACCCUCCUCACACUGGUGUGAAGGAGUGAAAUCUACCCACUUAGAAGUUGCCAGCAGGGUAAACUCAUCUAAUCGCUGCUAUAUCUCAUUCUGGAGAGUGUUUUUCUCACAUCUGAGUGGAGCAAUAUCAGCUGACACAGCCUACAACACUCCAUCCGUCACUCUCAUUCCAGUCUCAGUAACACUUGCGCACUAUGUCACAUAAGAAGAAUUUGCAGUGCAUCUCAUCUGUACGGUACUUUUUAUUGCUUUGCAUCAAGGCUUGGCGUAUAUCUCUUUCAAGUGAUUCAUUAUAUAAUAUGUUUAUGUAAGUCUCUGAAGCUGUGUCCCUGAUUAUUUGAGCAGCAUGAUGUCAUGAUUUCAUAUUCUCGUCCAUGCAGGUGUAGCGGUGCUGGUAUCCCCAGAUAUUCCCCUGCAGCUGGGGGUGGACAGCAGAGAGCAGUUCUGCCUGCAGUCACUGCCCAGUAUGGAGCGUCUCCCUUUACAAUACACUGUGUGUGUGGCCCGCGAUGUCAAAGCAGCACACCAGGAAGCAGUGCAACAGCUCUCCCAGCACAGGAGGGAGCUACCAAACAGGAAGGCACUGUGGUAAGUUUGGUUUAGAUGAUGUUUACUGAGGUAAAGUUUAGUGAAUGUUUAGGCAGUCAUAAGUGGUACUUUGACUGCAAGAUCUCACCCCAUGGACCUGCGACCAUUUGAGGUGCUUGGUGCGUUUCCACUACAGAGACCAGGGACUAAAUCAGUCAAAGUACCCUCAAAGAGGUCCCUGUUCCAGGGGUAGUGGUAAAAGAUUGGCCGUGCGGAGUCCUUUGGGAAGAUGUUCCUUGCCCCUAGAAGUUUCAAUUGUUUUGGGUGGAAAUACAGCUUUUAACUGACAUUAAUCCAGAUGAUGCUCAACUCCUCUUGUGUGUUUCACAGGCUGCCGUUCUGGAAGCUGCUCACCAGUGUGGAUUCAGGGCCGAAGGUGGAGAGGGAGCUGAGGACCUUCUCUAACCGCCUGAGGAGACACCAGCUGGGGGAGGGAGUCAUCAGCCUCAAUGAACAUUCCACCACCCUCCUCUCUGAUAUGGUACGAACUCUCGGCUUCUCUGAAAUGAGUGGUCUCUACAGGCUGACAGGGAGUUUUCUUUGAACUUGAAAGAUGCAGAGUCAUAGAUUAUUCUAUGUAGACUCUCGAUGAGGGAAGAUGUCAGUUACUGAAGAAAAGAAAAUUCACUUCAGAUGAAUAAAUGCUUUACUAAGCAAUCCAACUUCAACCAUGCACUUUGUUGACAGUGUCUCCCAUGACCCCCUUAUUUGGGUUCAGCUCAGCUGGUAAAAUACCUUUACUCCAUGAAGACAGAGGUAUCAAUAUUUGUACCUGGAAAGGUACAGUAUGUCCUUUGACUGAGGUCUGUUUCAUUUAGUCAUACCUAGAGUUUCUUUGCGGAAAUUUCAGUCAGAGGAACUUGACUUUGGUGCCCCUUGUGGAAAAUUUGGUAGCCUGUAUAGUUGCUAAUUUUGUCUAAUCCUUGUGGAGGUGACAGCAAAAUCUCCUCCUGUUUUUUUUUUUUUAAUACGUUGAAAUGUAACAUCAGCAUGAAUUUUUUCUGUAGGAAAAGUAACAAAGGCUGUUUCUACAGUGUGUCGACUACCUCACAACACUUACAAGCGUUGAAAUUACAUUUAGAAUAGUGUCUAUCUUGACAUUGAUGGUCUCAUAUUGCUUUUGUACAUUAUAGAGCGGCAUCCUUGUGUUUCAUAACUAAUCAAGAACUCCUAACAGGAGCUUUCUGUAAUUGUGAAAACCCACUCGUAGCUCAGGCAGUAUGACAUUUUGGCUGGUGGAAUGCAGGGUCUGAUGCCAGUCAAGACCCUCUGGAGAAGCACAUCAUCUGCUACCUUUUUUAAGUUUCUCUCUAGUUUAAUGUGAGCAAACCGGGACUUCAUUUAAGAAAAGAAAAAAAAAACAGUGUCAAUAGUCUGCACAGUAUUAAUAGCAAAGGAGGAAUAUCAUUAAAAUCACAUUUCUUUCAUGUUACAUUUCAUUUAAGACACAGAUUUUAUUUAACCACUGGUUGACGUUUCUUAAAGUAUUGUAAAACCAUUCUGUUGACUAACCAUCACUUUUUUAACCCUCCUCAUGUGUUAGGGUCUGCACUGACCUGUUUUUGUUUUUAAAUGCUUAAAAGAACCACAUAAAUAUGUUUAUUUGCAUCAAGCCUUUUUUAAUUUUGUCAGGAACCUCUUUUUCAACAAAUUAAAAAUAAAAAAAUUAAAUUGACUAAAUUAUAAAAUGCUCUUAUUAAAAUUAUGGCACUUGUCAUGUCAGGGUCACUGUUGACCCGGUUAGAUUAAUAUCUAGUAAUUAGAGCAAAAAUUUAAAUCAUGAGUGCACUGACAGGCACCACACUGACAGUCAGAUCCUCCUCCAGUCAUGUGAGAUUUAGGAAAUUCUUAUUUUUCCAUGUCUUUCUGUGCACAAAAAACAACGCUGGGCAUGUCCAGACAUGUCCAGACAUCACUUCAGUAUUGAUGUCUGUGUGAUGGGUAUACUGACAAAGAAAGGCCCAGAGGACCACAACAAAAACUAUUAUAGGCAAUAUUUUCAUGGAUAAUGAAGCCUUACAAUGUAUCCUAGAGAUGAGAAUCAACAUGGAUGAUAGAGAAUUGUUUUAGUGUAAUUUACAACUGAUUUAAGACACAGGUCAAAACCGACCCUUAACAUAGUGGGUGCGUAGUAAAAGCUAACACAGGAGGAAGGUUAAUCUUCAUUGUAGGAUUAGUUUUGAUCUAGAAAUAUAAAGACAGUCCUCUUAUCUGUCUGCACUGAUUCAAGGUUUUUGGCAAUCAAUGCCAAACUUUUGAACAUGUAUGUACCUACUACAAUCAGCUCACUGCUUUGCACAUCAGUUUUGGCAUAAUUCAGUUGUUGUGUAUUUCUGGAUGAUCUGGGCUGUGAGGCUGGUGGGUUCAUCCGUCAGAGGCUCGAAACUAGUCAAGGACAGAGAUGAAAGAGUUUCUUAAGUGGAUCUCCAAGGAGCUGGAAGAGGGAGGGAGGGAGGACAGGUUCACUGAAAUGUCAAAAUGUAGAAAAAAAAAUUGAAUUAGAGGCCCUUUCUUCAAGUUGGAAAUUUUGUGUAUAAAGUUUAAAACCCAAAUGGUGCUGUUUUUGAUUCAUGUCCCAAAUUAGGCGUAUGUUUUUUAGUAUUCUGAAUUUAUUUACAUCAAUUUACUCCAUAGUCUGUAUGUUCACUUGAAAAAUCAGGCAAGGUGUUUUCUCUUCUUUCCAUGCUGAUGUUUAUUACUUUUCCUUAUCCAUCCAGUCACUUUCUUUGAAUGUUCUUAGGAAAUGUCGGGAAACAGAACCAGCAGGACCACUGCUUAAGUGGAUCUAAGUCCAUACCUGGUGAUGUUCCAUUACAAAGCAAACAAAGCUGAGAGAAGACAAACAGAAACUCUCAUCGCAGAUCUCAGGUUGCUCUAAGUAGGGUUGUUGUUGUGGGAUGGAGAACUGGAUGUGUUGAAAAAAUGGCAGAAUUUCAGCCAAGACUAGCAUCAGUAGGUGAUCCUGACCCCAGCUGGAUGCUGCUAUCUGACCUAUGAGAGAAGGGGGAGGUGUUUUCUGCUAUGUUUUUUCAUUAGAGAGGUCCAGUUCAGGCAUUUUUUACAGGCAAAUACACAAUGUUUCCCAGCCUAGAAGGUGUGAAAUGGUUGAAAAAAGAGGGGUGGGGGUGGGGGGUCAUUUGGUGAAUGAAAGUUUCCCCGAAUCUUUAAUUUUUCUGGUAAAUCCAAUAUAGUUAACACCACCUUUGGCUCACUUUCCCUCAAUCAGGGUUAGCAUAGUGUGCUGUAUGGAAACUUCAGGAACUUUUCGGCUCUACAGAAGUGUGACCGGCAACAACGAUCCUCUGUCAUAAACCAAGCUUUUCUUUCACUACAGUUUUUACGAGUAUUCAUAAAUUAUCAGUCACACUGCAACCUUUCUUCUCCACUUUCCGUAUUCAUUUGCAAUGAUGACUGGCUUUGGAAAAUAAGGGUUAAUAAGUUUGCCCUGUGUUUGAAGUUAUUCCUGGGAUACUUCAUAAAGCGGCUCUUUUCUAUCAACUCUGUUUUGAAAGAACCUUGCUUGUGUGGUCCUAUUAAGAUACAAUAUUAAGUAUCAGAACCAAAACAAUGUUCUCAUGAAUUACAUAAUGUCUGCUAAUCUCUCCUCUUCACACGGCAGGUUCACCUCCUGGAGCCAGUCUCUGUAUUCUUAAAAGAUCUUGACGUUACAUAACCUGAAAUCUGUGCUUUACUUCACCGUGCAAAUUCCAGAGGAUUAUUUUUGUUAAAUGAUUCUGACAGAGGUCAUGCUGUUGCUGCUACUUGUUUGCAAAGAAACAAGAUCACAUGCAAUCACUGCAUGGCACAUGAAGCCACUAUGCUUAAUAUAAAGCAGUCUGCAGUGAGGAUUUAGCUGUUCCAUUGGUGCAUUAUGUCUUCUAAGUAUUUUUCAACAUUCAAAUAGGGCAGUUUCUGAUGAAAGUCAUGUAAUAUGAUACUAAUGCUGAAAGUAGCCAAUGUAAGUGAUGCAAGUUAAAGAAGAAUUAUAAUGCAUGUUUACAUCUCUCUGCAGGACCAUGACUACCUCAACAGCAGGAGAAGGGGGAUGUCCAAGAGACUGACCAGGGACCUCCCACUUGUCAAGCUUCUUAACAUUUCCAUCACCCUGUCCCCUUUCCUGGCCGUGGAUACCACACAGUUCCACACCUCCCUCAUGGACGGCACCGAGGCCUACUGGCUCAGUCUGCCCUCAGCCCCUCAGGGACAGCUGGUGAGAGCCGGGUCAUGAUCUGCAAAGCACUCAGCUGUGCUCACAGUCCUUUCUUUGAUUUGUGGUCAUUGCUGUAGUGGUUAAAAUUCUUCCCUCAAAAUAAGGGGACUUCUUUCUUCCUCUACAGUGUGAUUGAUCCAUUCAUAGAAAUAUAUUCCAAGUCUGAAACAAUAAACUUUCCUGAACUUCUGAAAACACUCAUUUUUUUCUUAUAUAAAAAGAAACCAGACACCAAACUUUUCCAAAGUGGACACUUUCCAUCUGCCUUGUGGGCUGCCUCCGUUCAUGAGCUGCAGUUGAUAGUGGAGAAAUGCAAACAGGACUGAGUCCUAACAACUUACUUCAGAUCACACACAGUUAGCAAUUAAAUAAUUAUCUUGAUGUAUCAUAUUUGUCCUUUAGGUCCCUGUGAUGAGUCAGUGGCGGGGGAAGUUCUGUGUAAAGCUGAACAUCACAAACCCAGGAGCUGUGAGCUGGUUCCUGGACAGAGUAGGAUCCUUGCAGGCCCAUCUGGGGAUGGAGUACAUCAUACUGGAGGGGGGUGAAGGGAAUCUGUUUGAGGAGCAAGGGCUGCGAUCGCCACAGGCUCUGGGUGGAGACAGCUACAUCAGUCUGCUGGCUGAUGUGGCUACGAGGAUAGGAGACACCACCAUUGUGACAGCAGGGACACAGUAAGGCCCACAAGCAUCAUAACUAACUUCUAUACUCAGUCAACUAUUAAUAUUUACCCAACAGCAACUUCUAUUCUUGUAAUUUUGGGAUUCCUUCAUCUAUUGUCUUCCUUCAACGCUUGAUUUUGUUUUUUUCUGAAAUCAUGGUCUUUGUGUCCAGGUCAAGCCACAAGCCUUUGUUUGUGAGGAUGACCCCCCUGCAGUCAGACUGGAGCCUGAUGGGCCUGAGAGGCAUCAUUCCCUCCCUGCUGCACCACACUCUGCUGGGAUACAACUUCCUCAUUCCUGAUGCAGUAGGUAAUACCACAGCCUAUGGGUCACUCUUAUUAUCCCCUCUAACUCUAUAUGAAAACAUUUCAUCAUAAAGACUGAUUGGACUACAGAAAAACCAAUAAACCUUUGUCCGGGUCAGCUUGUCUUUGCACUCUGCAUGUACAGUUCUCCAGAUUGUAGUAUAAGCUAGUUUUACCCUCAUAGGCUUUACACUCCUACUACCUCUUCUAUUCAAAAACCAAGCCAACCUUUUUUCCUCAUAUUUUUGGCUUUUUUUCCAGUAAAACUAGCAUUCUCAACAACAGGAAAUCAUAGGUUACUGACAGGUGUUUUCACCUUGGACUAGAUUAGAUUUUGCUUCCUCACCAGACUCAAACCAAAUAGGACGUAAAUUUAUGGCCAGCCAGUUGUUACAGUGGAUUAAAAUUCCAACUGGAGAGGCGAGACACUGGUGUGAAAUUUAGGGGGCCUUGUCUCACAAAGUAUUCACUUAAAAAUGUUUUUAUUGAUUUAAAAGUUGUUUUGAAUAAGUAACCCCUCUGAUUCUGUGAUUUCUGGAGUCUCUAUGGCAACAGUUUUUUCUAACUAGCCUACCUGUGGGUGGAAUUAACAUUAAACUUAAGGGUACAGUGUGUAGAAAUAGGAAUAUCUGGCCAUAUCUGGUGGUUUAGACUCUAGACUGAAAUGCUCCAUUGCUCACCUCAACUGCUAGCGUAGUGACGGUGGCCUUUGAGGACCAGAAGACCCUUUUUUUUGUCUUCUGACUGGUGUAUUUCAGGCAGUCACUCAUUAGGGUCAAAAACAUGUAUGAUCCAAGUUUGUCUUUUCUGAGCCUCUGUAGAAAGAUGGCAGUGAAGGAUAGGGAGCUGCUUAUGAGUAGUUGUAAGAGGUUUGUGUACUUUAACAAAAACAAAGUGAUUUUGAUAUCCAGGUUGAAAUUGAUUUAGAGUACUUAUUAAAAAUAUUAUAUUCCAUUUUUACCAAGUCUAUUCUGCUAAAUGCUGCUAUAUACUACACAUUAAACUUUUAAUGGUUUCAUUCAUGAUAACUUUAGCUAGCUUUUCCAUCCUUAAUAUUUCUAUUCUCUGGAAAGUCAAAGCAGCCUCCUGCUCUUCAGUUUUAGAUUACAUUAUUUAUAAGGGGUGGGAAUCACCAGUGGCCCCACAAUACGAUAUUAUCACAAUACUUGGUCCACGAUACAAUAUUAUCAUGAUAUGAUAUUAUCACAAUAAUUGGUCCAUGAUACGAUAUUUUCAGGAUACGAUAAUUUCACUGUACUUGGGCCACGAUACGAUACUAUCGGGAUUUUUUCUAACAUUUUGCAAGACAGCGACUGUUGGGAUACAAUAUAAUGCGAUUUACACUUAACAUAAAUGUUAAGCUAAUUUAGUAUUUGUCUCCCCUUUAUGGUUGUUUAUGGCCCUAUUUAUGCUGUAGUUUAUUUUCAUGUUGCACAUCUUGCAAACCUUAUAUAUAUAUAUAUAUAUAUAUAUAUAUAUAUAUAUAUAUAUAUAUAUAUAUAUACGUAUGUAUUUGUUGUAGUAACUUUCUCCUGCUCUAUGAUGCCACGUCUGCCAACCUCACUGAACAAACAGUUGAUUUUAUUUUUCCAUUAUCAUAGAUUUGACUUCACAUUAACAUUUAAUUUGAAAAAUCGAUAUUUGGUAGAUGAAAUGAUACAAUAUAUCACCAGACAAAAUAUCGUGAUACUAUGCUGUAUCAAUUUUUUCUCCCACCCCUAUUAUUUAACACCACAUUUCUUUUCACAGAAGAGAAAUUAAUUAAAAGUGUUUCAAAAAAUGCAUAAAGAUCCGAUUAAGAUUUUCUUUCUGGUAACUUUGUAAGUCCUUUGACAUUUUCUUCUCAUUUAACCAAUCCUUUGACGGUGCAAAAGCCUGUACUCUGGGUCGUUUUGAGCUUGCUCCAUGCCUGUCCUCUCAAUGUGGUCGAUGUCUCUGUCACUCAGUUUAUUAUGUUUUUUAACCGUCCUAUCUUCCUUGUUGCCCUCCUUUCUCUCUCUUAUCUUUGCUAAUGACUGGUGAUAAAAAAAGUGCUUUUAAAACCAUUCUCAAUGUAAUGUUUUGGUUAAGAGUGCUAAUGGAAACACUUUUUGCCACAGUGUCAACAGGCAGAGGUGAAACAUGCUCCUUUCUGCCAGUUUAUUUGAGCAGCAAUACUCUGUUGUUUAUGGGUUUAUGUCAAAUCAAAGUUCAGCAUUUAACACAACCACGUAUAACUGAUGCUAAUUUGGUUCUCCCUCUUCCCCCAGGUGGCUCUCUGUCUGGAGAUCUGGUCUCAGAUGAGGAGUUGUUCAUCCGCUGGCUGGAGAUUGCAGCCUUUCUCCCUGUUAUCAGCUUCCACACGCCACCCUGGGUCGUCGGAGAGGAGCGGGUACACAACAACAUUAUACAAAAAGAAAUCUUGAACCAAAAAAUCAAAGUAGGAUUACCUUGUGUUAGCCUUUGUAAAACACAUUCUUCUCUGGGUUGAAAGUAUGAUUUUCACCUUGAGAGAUCAAGUGAGGUGGUGCGUGAAUACUGCCAAUGAAUCAUCUUAAAGCCAGAAAGAUUAUCCCUUCUUUGGGGAGGAUAAGCUUGCCUAAUAAGAGAGAAGAGAGAGGAGAAUUUGUUGACCCAGCAGCCUCUCAGCAGGUUUGAGGAUCAGUACUGUGAAUUUCCCAGUGAUGUGUUUGGAGAAGAGCACGAGAUCUGGUCUAUCAAAACUCAGACCUGCAGGAGAGGCAGAAUUAAACCCUGUUCCUCUCUGCUGGACAUCAGAGGUGAAGUGUUUUGCUUGAAUGUCUGGAAAACAAAGAGUACCAUGCUUAGCAGUUAUGGAUGCUUAUAUAAAAACGUGGGAUCCGGGCUCUUGCUGAUAAAUAGAGAAGCACUUGCUGCUUCUCGAAACUGUGCAGGCUAUUUUUCUUCUCAAUGGAACCACGGCUUGGCCCCCUCCUGACACCACCUGUGGUUAAGAGUCCAUCUGUUCUGCAUUACUGUCCCUCACUGAGAUUUACAGCUUGCCCUCACUCUGGAGAGCUGCAGGAAUGAUAAUGAAUUUGAGGAAAAAUCUGGGAAAAAUACUUGAUAGUGGCAAUUAAGAUUUCCAUGAGUAAUUGACAAGAGUGACAGGAGCCACCAGGAGCUGUUGACUGGGUUUUUUUUCCCCCCAACACUGAGACGACUGAGGCAGCAGAAUAUAUUGGUUGUGACUUGAGUUGUGUGACAACGAUAAAAAUAAGGUUUUUGGACAGUGAGACAUCUGACAGCAGCAAUAUUUUCCAUGUAGGUCUCUUGUGUGGCCUUCAAACUCAGAUGAAGUGAGACUACGAAGAAAUUCUGGAGGAAAAAGUGUAAUUCAUGAGCUUUUUCUAUAGGCUUUACUCUAGUUAAAUGUGGCACACCUUUGUUUCCAGAACGUGUGCUAAUUUGGUCAGUCACAGACAGGUCACAGCAAAAACCACAAUAGAAUCAAAAAGCACUAAACCCUCAAAGCCACACAAAUGCCUGGAUUCUCAAUUAGAAAUGAAUCCACUCAAAACUGGGUUGCAACUUCAAGCUAAUUCCUGCAAAUUCUCUCCAUCCCAGCUCGUAAAAAUACAUUUUUUAUAGAUGCGGUAAAGUUUUGUUUUUGUCUUGGGACACUGAGGAGGAUGUGACCCCUCCAGGAAUGCUGAAGUAGUUUGGCCGGAGGGAGACAGGAGGAAGAGUUGUACAGUGUUAAACUGCUGCGUCAACAAUGAGCUGCUAAAGCUCUGUCUGCGUGUUUAAGUGCAGAGAUGGCACAUAUGUCUUUUGCAGGCCUCUCUGUCAAGAAUAUUGUGUUUUCCAAUCCUUGUGGCAGAUUAUUCAGUUAAGGAAGUUUUUUUUUCAGUUUUUUUGUGGGCUUCAGUUUGCUCUAGAUUUCUUGAAACUAUAUUUGACCGGAUGUUAAUUGCAGACAUAAGUGGUUUUAGGUUUAAAUGGAGCUCAAAAUGACUAAGUGGAAAAUUACUUGACUAACCCAUCCUUGCUCUCAACAUGUACGUUGUAUUUUCAUCUAUUAGGUGAUGAACCUAACUCGGACCUACAUAGCAAAGCACCAGAGGGACGUGGUACCACUGAUAGAAAAAUAUGCAGAGGAGUGGCGAAUAACAGGAAACCCCAUCUACCGUCCGAUGUGGUGGCUCAGUCCUAGUGACCCCAUGACUUUCACCAUCGACGACCAGUUCCUCAUCGGAGACGAGGUGACUUAAUGAUGUUCUGAUGGGGAGAGAUAGAGUGUCUUGGCAUCUGAAAGUGCAUGAACCAACAAACUCCCCGACUGUAACCUGAUGUCUUGCUUAUUAGGUGUACUUCUCCUUUGCAACUGAAUUUCCUUUACAAAACUGGUGUGCGUGUGUGUGUCUGUGUGUGUGUGUCUGUGUGUAUUUCCAGGUUCUGGUGGCUCCAGUGGUUGAGAGAGGGACACUGCAAAGGGAUAUCUAUUUACCUGAUGGGGGCUUUCAGUGGCAGGACAGCCAGAACGCCCAGGUGUUCGACGGGGGGACGUUCCUUCAGGACUACCCCGUGGCCUUGGAGGAGGUGGCUGUUUUCUUACGGAGGAGCUGAGUCACAUGACUGAUUCAGAGUUCCCUGACUGAUCCUGUUACUGUUUCGAAUCAAAUUCUUUUUUUUUUCUUUUUUUCUUUUUUUUUUUCUUUUGUGCUGUUUUCAACUUGCACUUUUCCACUAAAGACCAUUGACCCUGUCUCGAGGUCCUAUCUUGAGAUAAAUCUAGAAAGUUUUUUUUAUACUUGCACUUUACGGUUCAAAAAUGAUUUGUAUUGUUUUUUCCUUUGUGACUUUUUUCAUCCUUUUUAAAAAGAAAAGAUAAUCAGUUUUACCUCGUGGCUGAUUUGUUUCCGGAUCUAUGAAUCUUCUCUGCUUUUGUUUGUAUGUAAGUUCUGGAGAAAUCUGUGCGUUUACAUACUGCAUUUUUACAGUCUUUAAAAUUUGAUUUGCUGCUGGCUCUCUUGAUAAGGAGGAACAAAGCAAGACCCUUGUUUGCUUAAAAAGAAUCUGAAUCUCUCAAGAAGACCAAAUGAAGAUAGAGACGGACAAUGUCUGAAAGGAUUUUACGGGAGGAAAUGCUUGUAGGGAGGGAAGUUGCCUGCAGAUAGCUUCGUACCAAGGCUGACUCACCAUGGUAUUGUAUGUCUUGCGAACUCAUCAGAAAGGCUUUUACUUGAAAUGAUCAGGCCUGUUGUCUGAUGUUUUAUGAAUGUACCUCAAGUUAUGGUUUUUCACUGCUUUACAUAUUACAGUUAACCAUCUAUCACCCCUUAGCACUUAUUUUUAGUCUAGUUUAACUUAUUUAACAGCAUACCACUUUGUCGGACACCUCUGGAUGUCCCUAAGUACUGUAGGCCAGGAAAACUUGAGGCCAGGCCACUGUAAUUGUAACUCUGGCUAUAUUUAAAUUAAGAUUAGCUGUAACCUUCUUACUUAACCUGCUGUAAUACCAGCUUUCAAAGAAGCUGCUCACUUUUUUUUUAUGUUGUGUUUAUGUGCUUCUCCAUCUUCAUUGUGUGCCAAAUGAAGUUUGAAAGGUAGCCUGGUUGACAACACCGCAAAAGGUUGAAAGGAGAUUUCUGACCGACAGUUUGAUGUGUUCGAAAACAUUUACACCAAAAUAUUAAAGAGUUGAAGAUCUGCGUGAUGCUACCCGACCUUUUAGCCAUUAGUUAACGUGAAACAGCUAACAGGGUAAACAAAGCCUUUAGCCAAGAUUGUAAACAACUGGAAAAAAGCUAGCAUGGCUCAAAGCUAGGUUGACCCAAAGACUAAUUAUAUGGCAAUAUUUUAUUUGUUUAAUCCGACAAAAAAAGAGAGAGAAAAUCAGUAUUUGUAAGCCCAAAAAUGUCAUUUAUGGUAGCCAAGACUCUCCUCCAGCUAAAUUUGCUAACACUCUCCAAAGCAUACUUGCCUUUUCCUGGCUGGAGAAAUUAUUUACAAUUUACUGUAGAGACAUAAGAGUAGUAUCAUUUUUCAUUAAAAUUUCUAAUAAAAGCUAGUUUGUCCCACAAUGUCAAACUAUUUUUCAACUGAAGAACGUGGGGAAAAAGCUCUGAGAACUACAAAAUCCUUCAAGAUAGAUGCUUUCAUUUGUUUAAAAAAAAAAAAAAAAACUUCCCUUUAAGUCAGAGAUGCAUUUGUCACUCUUUGUCAGCCCUAUUGGGUUUAAAUUAAAUUCAGCUUUCGUGUUUAGCAAAACUCAGCUUACUAAAUAUACCUUAAUUACAUAUCCAAUACUUUGUUGAAAUGGAAAUUGGACUUGUUUGAGGUUCUUGAAGACGUUCCGUCUCUCUUCCAAAAGGCUUCUUCAGUUUGACAAAGACGAAACGUCCUAAAGAACCUAAAACAAGUCCAAUUGCCCUCUCAACAAAUAAUUGGAUAACCAUGACCUGGAUGAAUGAGAACCUACACAGACAUCCUCAUUACAUACUUUUAUCCCGCAGAAUGACUUGUGUCACUAAUUCUCAAAUUUGACUAAACACUGUAGACAAAUUAUAUGAACACGAGUAAAGUGAUUUUCAUCAAAAAACUACAUAGAAACUAGCUGAUACAAAAGUGUAUUUAUCUUAUAGCCCUAUUGGUUUGUCUAGAGGUAGGAAGCUAAUGGUGCUCUUGUUAGUAACUUUUCUUUAUUGAUUUGUUCUUCAAAAUCUUAAAUGGCCAGCAGUGAUGAUACAGGUUCUGAAAACAUAUUACUAAGUGAAUGCUUUACCACUAAAUCAAUUGUGUAACUUUGAUGUAUUAAGUUUACUGUAUCAACUCGAACACUCAGGUCUACCGAAGCUUAUCACAUCACCAAAGUCUUAGCGCAACAUAACAUGUUGCUAAGUAUUGAUGUCUUAAUCUCUCCUAGAGCUGAAUGUACAAUGGACAAACUGUGAUUUCCCAACCAAGCCCUUGAUGUGAGGGACUUUCUAGUUCCUGUUCCAAUGCCUUUUAUGGAAUGCUGUUGCAUGUUCAUGUACGAGUUGCAAGAAAAGCUUUUGAUGUGUUAUUCCUCCCCUUCUCCCUCUGAGCGAAACAUGUGCCUUAAUAUGCCACUCUUGAAUCUGGACGACCCAAGUGUCUGGAUUAUUGCAGUAUCAGCAAUGUACAUAUUACGAUGACUGUGCCAUUACAAGUGUUUUUCUAUUCUGUAAUUCAGAGAACUUAGAAUGACAAAGUUGCAAUAAAGUUUACAUUUUCUUACUCCAAUUCCCAAAGUACUUUAGUUUUCUUUGAGUGCAAAUUUCAAGAGCUUGCUUCAGAGUGUCUGAUUGUAUAUAGCUAUGCAUGGACUGUGUAAUACAUGAAUAUUCUCUUGAUUUGCAGCCAAGUUUUUUUUUUUUUUUUUCUGGAGACAGAAAAAAAUCACAUUUGUUCAAGUUACAGAAGAUAUACAGACUGCACCAAUGGCUAAUUCAUUGGCUGGGUAAUGAGCUAUUCACCAGAAUGAGAUGUUUGGUGACAUUUUGUCAACUAUCUUACUAUCUAGCGAGUAGACCAAAGUUACCUCUGUUUUGUCAUUGUUGUGGUACAAAUAAUAUUUAACCUAGCUGUGUAUUAACACAUUUCCUGAUUAUAGCACAUCACUAUUGAUUUAAUCUAAAGGAAAAUCAAAGCUUUGUAUGGUUUCGUUGAGAAAAAUAUACUUAAAAAAAAAACAAAAAUGAUUUUGUACCAGACUAUCAACAAGUUAAAUUCUGCAGUAAAACUGAGCAGUGAAGUACAGAGAUUAACUGAAUUAAGUGGCUAUUUGUUACAACCCCCAAGUGGCGACUCAAAGAACGGCAGGUUUUGGCACCACUAACUUGGUUUUCAUGUUCAGUCCUGGGGAUUGCCUAAUGCAUUUAUCUGAUGGCAUGUCAGUCAGUCUCUUACUGGCUACCAAAGGGUUGCAGGAUAGGCUCUUAGUCCCAGAGGGAUCUUUGAUAUAAAUAAUCAAAUAUAGAAAAUAAUAUACAUACUGUAUAAAUCUAGAGUAUCUGUGCAGGCCGCUGUUCAAGGGUUUGGAUUUGAGUGAAGGCUUUUAUCAUUCACACUUCUCGCUCUUCCUUUUCUGCAUACCCAUGAGCAUGCUUGACCAUCACUGUCUCCACUAAUUCUACUUAAACCUAAUAAAAGUUAUUUAUAGCUUGAGUGAGCAUGCAGUAGGAGAGAUUCUCAGGGGAAUCACAUUCGGCUCAACCUCCACUGAGCUUCUCUUCUUUACCUUCCUCUCUUGCUGCCCCUUGGCUGAGUUCCACCUUGGGGCCCCAGGACCCCGCUUCUUUAGCACAGUUAGACAGGUGCAGCUGCCCGCAGACAUGCGCUGUCCCUCCACGCCAACCUCCGAGCUUGCCCUCUCCGUUUACACCCCCGUCUUACUCUGUCAGAUUCAUAUGGCACUUUUGAGAAAUCUCGAGGUGCAGUUCUCAGCCAUAUAGCAUUCACAAGGCGCUCUACUAUGAUUUUAUGGUUUGUGAGGUGAUGAGGUUACAGUGAUAGAGGCCUGACAGGACUCUGCCUCAGGGGACAGAGGAGGUUAGACAGCUUUUUUGUGUGCAAACCCCAAACUGACCUACAUAAAGUUUUAUGAAUUUUCAGAAGGAACAACAAUCUUAUUCCUGACAAUUAUAUAAUUCUGAUUAUGAAUGAUUCUGAAAAGUGAAAUUCUCCCUGUGAGGUUCACUCUAAUUCAAAAUAAUUAAACUGCUGCAUAAUUUCUCAUCAAAUUCUACGUCAAGACAUUUGCCCUUAAAGUGACAUUUAGCAGCAGAACACAGUGUCCAAUCAUUUCCUCCCAAAUCUCUAAAUUGAUGUUUAAUCAAAUCAGUUUGGGCAUGAAGGGGGCUUGCGUAAGCAGCUCAGCAAUGCAGGAAAAACAAUUUGUCCUGCCAAAGCCAGAAUCAAGAAUGACACAAACGAUCUGCAUACAGUAGCUGAAAUUAAAACAAUAUUUUCCCUCUGUCAACAGCUACCAGUAAAUACUGGACAACAUGGGAGGCGUCCUCGCUCCUGUGUGAAAGAGACGCUUUUCGAAUAAGAGAGGCAACAUUGGCUACCAUCAUUUUUUUGGGAGUGUUGUGGAGCAAGUGGCACAUGAAUUAAUCUGGUGACAAGCAGAGGCCGCAGAUCUAUCCCAAAGUCUACUUUUAGAAAGUGCAAGUCAAGGUUUUAGGUUUCAGUGUCUGCUCCUGAGUGAAUGGGUUUUCCAGCUUGCCAAUUAGGUGUACAAUUUAAAGGCCUGUCCCACAGCCAGUCGGCUGGAGUCACUUAAAAAAUAAUGUUUGGAUUUAUUGAAUUUUACUUUCACAUACUUGGCUUUUAUGAAGAGGAUAAAUUUUUUAAAAUCUUUUAUUGGAGUACCAAAAUCAGAAAUGUUCUCAUGGGACAAUAAGGAAUAAUUCAUAUCACAAUUUUAAUGAAGACAUAAAUGAAAAAGAUGUAAGCAGGACUGGCUUUGAUAGUGAUCCUUUUCUCAAAUGGCCAAACUACAGGAUCCCUGAGUGGAUGAGGAGUAAGCAGACCUCAGGAAUGCAGGCUUGAAAUGUUAGCCUGCUAUCGGAAGCUACAAGCAGGGUGACAUCAGGGCGGGCGUAGCAUUGUGGAGUUGUGUGAGUGCAAGAGAGAGAGAGAGAGAGAGAGAGAGAGAGGACCCUCCUUGGAUGUUUGUCACCUCAAUGAUGCCUUUGAACGUCUUUCUGCUUAAUUUAAGUUAUUAGCUCAAUAGCCCCUGAGCAACACCAGUGGAGGGGGGACUGGGGGGACUCUAUCACCCUCAGAGAUGUAAUUUGCUCCUGGGUGAUGCCAGUUGAGCCCAACCACCUGGUCACAUGCCAAGCUAAAACUUCCCAUCUAUUAAGUAAACACCUAGCCAGGGGGAAAGAUCUCAUUUUCACACCAGACCUGUUUCAAGGGGUUUACAAAUUGUCAUACCCAAGAAAAACUGGUAAACGUAGCCGUGACCGCAAGCUAACCCUCUGAUGCAGCUGAGGGUUGAGCAUCCAAAAUAAGCAGGCGCUAAACCAUUAUGACGGUGUGAAGUACAUGACCUUUGUGCUUGACAGGAAAUACUAAAGCCUCAUUGGUUCUCGAGGAAGGAGAUGGUUUGAUUCACUGAGCCUUUGGAUAAAGAAGAUGGGUCAUAAUAACACCAAGCUAAACACCUGCUGGAUGCUGAAUACGAGGCUAGCAAAAAUUAGCAUGCUAAAGGUAUGGCAGUUUGUCAGUAUAUCACAUCGAAAUGUCUCGAUUACUUUGAGGUCAAUCAUGAUAGUAAGUUCAGAUAUUCAUGGCUUUAAGUGGAGAUUCUGAUGAUGAACUGCAUUUUCCUUUUUUAGUUUCAUGACUAGGGCUACUUGGUUGAAUUUCAGAACUACACUACGACCUGCUGUUUAUGCCCACCACAGGCGAUAGGUUUGACCAUACUACAUUUACAUUUGCUCUCGCCUCAGCAAAAAGUCAAUAUUUGUCCUCUGGUAGUUACUUGGCAUGUUAGGCCAAUCUUAAAUAUCAACUGUACAAUGCGACAAUGGUUAGUAUUGUGGCCCCACAAAGUUGCUGGUUCAAAUCCCAAGUUGAGUAUUGAGUUGUCAAUGCUUACUUGGGUUUCCUUCCAAUACUGCAGCUUCCUCACACUGUUCACAGACACGUAUUUAAGAUUACUUGGUUAGUUUUUCCUUCUAUUUUUUUUCUUAUCAGACUUGCAUGUCUUGCUUAGUGCCAAAAUUAACAGCUGUGGAACUCUUUUUUUCAGUCCUGAAAGACCCACUCUGAUGAAAACCAUGUUUCUCUUGUUGUCUACAUGUUCAUGUGGCAUUUUUCUGAUGCUACAGGACAUAUCUUGGGAAAAAUAAGUGUGAAAAUGCAUUUCUGAGUAUUUCUACAUUCAAAUCACUGUGAAUCUCUGGCAGACCCAAACGGCAGAAUCAGACAAAGUGAGAUUUCAUACGUCACAAUUCCAAGCUCCGCCCCCAAAGCCCUGCUAUGCAAGCCAGACUCAGAGAAGUAAAGAGGAUGAUUGCAGAACAAGCGUGUGCGGUAGCGGAUUCCAAUGCUCGUAAGAAAGCUAAUUUGCUUUCAUCAUGUCCCAAAAGGCAUUAGUGUCUGAGGGCUGAAUAGCUCCUAUCUUACCUGCUUCUUCUACUACACUAAAAAUUUUAGGCUGCAAUCUAGCAUGAAGAGCAGUGUGCAGAGCAGCGCUGUCUCCGCCCACCACUCAGAGGGUAAUGGGCUACUGGUGCUCUGCAGAAGAAAAGCCCUUGAAAAUGACACCUGUAAAACUUCAUAAUCACAAUUUAAAGACCACUGAUAACACUUGAAGUUGUAAAACAAAAAAAUGAUUGGAGUAGGACUUGAACUUAUUCAAGAAAUCAAAAAUAAAGAGUUAACAGACUGGAGUGACGCAGCUGUCAGACAUUCACUUUAUUGUUAAAACAUGUUUUGGUAUAUCAGCUGCUUGUCUUUUUACACAUUUUAAAUUAAAGGCAAACAUAUACAGCUUGAUCUUCAAAAACCAUGCAGCAUCGUAAACAUGAGGUCUACCGAGAUAAAAAGUCAUACAACUACAACAUACUUGCAAAAUCUGAUGAUUGAACUUUUAUGUUAAAAAUAAAAGGAAGCAUUUUGUCUGUUUUUCUUCAUCAAUUAGCAAGGCUCUAUCUUAGUGCACAGAAUUCUGCAUGAAACAUUUUAAAACGUUGGAAAAAUAAAUAAUAUAUGAUGAACUGACAACAUAUACAUAACAGAAAGGCAUUCCUACACAUGACAGCCCCUCUAUAUUUGCACUUCCUAAGCAUAACCAAAACAAAGAUAUCCUAUUGUACCAGAGACAUUACAAGCUAUUAGGCGAUUCUGUUUAUCAUCUUUACAGCUGCAACCAUUGUACUGACAACUUUACAGUUAGCUCAUUAACUUAACAUCAAUGUUCAUUUGACAACAGGCUACUGAGAUUUUCAGACAUUGGUUAGUUUGAACCAAAAGGCCAGUUAUGGAGUGCACAAAACUAUUAAGAGUAUAAUUAACCCCCCUUUUAUGUUCAAAAAAUAAAAUAAAAUAAAAAAAAGUCUGAUAAAAGUCAGUCAGUCUUGUGUCGCCAAUUUCAUUAAAGUGAGAUUUGCCUGACACACACCACUUUUGCUGAUCCUUCAAUUCCGCUGCGAACUAAUUGUUUUACUACCUUUUAGUUCUUUGCAGUUAUAUUGUACUGCAUUGUAAGCAAAACCUUCAAAUGCUGUAGCCUGAAACCUAGAAUACAAGGCCAAGUUAGUAAAACCUGAGAAUGAAAAACAACACACAUGCACAAAUGUAAUCUGCCCCUGCCACUACCUCAUGAAAUUACUGCACAUAAAAACACAACAUAUUAGCUGCGAUCUUCAGUCAGGAGGAAAUAAAAAUGUUUUGAUUGGACAGUAGAAACAGUUCCUUGUCCCCUGUGCUGGUAUACAGACAAAUGCUGGGUAUCUAUUAUUACUUUGACUGUAAAACCACUGUUUCACUCCUGCCUGCCUCUGUAGCAAACAAAUUACCGGAUACUUUAAAGGUUUGAAAAUCCCGCUAUUUGAGCUGAACCACAUGAAAUAUAUGGACACCAGGGCCACAUGCAAUUUGUUUUUGUUAGUGUUAUUUCGCGUGACAUUUGCUUUUUUGGCCAGUUACACAUGACUCAGGUGCUGCCAAAAUCUAAAAAAUAUCUUAGGGGUUCUACAUUGAGAAAAAAUAAAACAUGGGAAAAUAUUGCUUAACUUAAAACAUGUUCCAGAGUUUAGAUGAUGCUGCUAUACAAACCUUCAGCUGAAAUAUCUAACUGUGGUAAAACAGACUGGAUCUCAGACUACAGCAGCUCUACUGUUCUCCUCCCUUUCUGCCCUUUUUUACAUUUGUGGGUCACUAAGGCACCGGUGCGUACAGUUCUGGAAAUAAAAACUACGAUCUGUGCACUACCUGUACCCAACACCACCUCAAUCUCACCUUGCCUAGACAUAAGUACAGUACAAAUAAAUGCCUUGCACACAUAGACAGAAAUGGUUCCAUAUACCUCUCAAAUAUCUUCAAAUCUGUAACAUUAAUUAACUUAGAAAAUAACCCCAAACCCAACAAUCAAUUCUGUACAAACUUCAGGAAGAAUAUUUGUCUUGCUAAAAACAACUUUCAGUGUUUGUCACACAUUUAGACAUUUUUCUUGUUGAGCUGGAAGAGAUCCAGAAUGUCCAGCAUGGCCUGUCUGAUGUUAGCACCAAAACGGUGGGAGUCCUGAAAUAACACAAUGAUGGAGGAAGGAUAUUUGAAACAUUUCUACAUAAAGUCAUGCCUUUGUAAUAAUUUUUUAGAAAUUGUAAUUUAAAUUUUAUUUUUAGAAAUUAAAAAGAUGACUCACUGUUUCUGGGCUUGAAUGCUUGCUGGAGAUAUGGAAGUUGAUGAGGUUCUCACCAACAAUGAUGUAAGAGACACCGUAACCAUCAUCAGCAACCUGUAGGAAACGCGUAGGAUGGAAAGAAGGUGGAGUUUAACAUCUACGAGUCACGACACUCAAUUACUAAAAUGAGGGUGACUGACAUAUGUCAUACUCUCAGUAGAAAUGUGCACCAAAUAACUAUUUACUAUGUGUCACUAUGUUGAGGUUAAGUCACUUUAGAGAGAUGUCAGAUAAUGGCCUUGCUGCCCUGGUUGGAGCGCUGCCAUGAGCUAUGAAGGGGUGGGGGUGGGGGUGGUGGGUUCAGUGCCUUGCUCUGGGGCACUUCAAAAGUGCUCAUUAAGUGACCUGGCACCUCUCCAAGCUACCAAACCAAAGUCCAGAUAUGGUAGAAAUGUGGAUCUUUUUCAGUAGGAAGAAUGUAGGGCAGCUGUCCUCCCACUGUCUUUGACAGAUCUUUAUUAAAAAUGAUAACUUAAUGUUAACUCACAGGACCAAAUCCACCUCCUGAGGACACAUACUCCGGGUGUUUGACCAGAUCAAAAAGCUCAAGCUGCUGCAGAGGGGUCUGACUGGUGGACAGUCUCCAUGGCUCAGACAAGACCUAAACAAAAGAAAACAUACAGUGCAUUUGAGUCCCUGGUGAAAGCAACUUUCUGAGUCCAAGUAUAUUUUUUAAGCUUCAGAUGAGUUUUUGAUUUUGUAACAAAGUAGUGAGCUGAAUUUACUUGUAUAUCUGUGUACUUUGUAUGUGCUGUGGGUUCACGGACAAUUUAUUUUUGUAUUUUCUUCCAGUUAGAAAUAGUUUUUUUUCAACUCCAGACAAGCCUUAAUGGAAAACUGAAAGCCAUUGCUUUGAAUGUUUGACUAUAUUUUACUUCACCCUUAAUUUGUUGUGCCAAUCUAGGACAAAUUAAUCAAUCUUUGAGACCAUAACAUGAGAAGGCCUCAAUAAAAGCCACUUAGUUUGUAAUAAAUGUUAAAAAUACAAUAUAAUGUACUACCUUUGCUAGUCUGUGGUUAUACUCAUGGAAUAUGUUACACUGUUUGGGGAAAUCUGGCAGCUUACAGUAUAAAAUACAUUAGCAUCUCAUACCUCCUUGAGGAAGGCUGAGUCUUCUCCCAGGUAUUUGGACACAACGUAGAGACAGAAAAGGUGGCGAUCGAUGCCCUGCCCUGUCAUUGCCAGGCGGUACAUGUUUUGGUGCUUCUCUGCUGCCUGUUUGAGCAACUUCAGACGCUCCUCUCUCUGAAGAGACACAAAAACACAUAACAAAAAAAAUCAAACAGCAUGCUCUUGUUGAUUAAAUACCAGUCAAUGAGAAUACAAUGAGCCUUACUGUCUCAUCUCUGAUCAUGGAGCGAACAAAGGCACAUGUCUCCAUGGUGCAGGAGCGCACAGUUUCUGUUCGACCCUCACGGAACAAACGGGUCAUGGAGGCUUCAUAUGUCAGGCAGAACUUCCCUUUGUCCUAUAGAGAGAUGGUCCAGGUCAGCAAAAUAAAUAAAUACAUUUCAAAAGAAAGCAGUUUUACAAAAUUAAAAAUUAUCAGUUCAAAAACAGAGUAUUGUAGAAAGCUUGUGGUUUGACCGACAAGGAAACGGGAGCAUAUUAAAAACACCUCUCCUAUAACCAAGGCAGGUAGAAAAGUAAAUGCCAAUUGGUAGCAAACGUAAACUUUAAACAGAUGUUGGAUGAUCGUCUUUUUUUUUUAGGUGUUUCUGCUGUUUUUAGGUGCUAUCAAAAACUGCUAAAUGAACAUCAUCUCAAACUAAAUCUUAAUAACUCAUUCAAUCAUUCAUGGCUUCCUACAGUGAUAUUUUGGCAGACAAGGCGUGACUGCCCUCUGCUGGAGUGAAAGCAGAGUGUUACAGGGCAGCAUUGGUUUUGUAUCACUAAAUGCACACAAUGCAAAGAGCAUUAAAGACAAUUAAGUGACUGGAGGAGUUAUGAAACUUUGCCAAGUAACUGGUGAAAUGUGCAUAGUUACCCUGUAAUGGGCCAGCUGGAGGGCAAUCUGGAUGAAGGCAUCAGGACUGGUGCGGCACUUCUUGAUCAGACCUUUACCAAAGUCGUUGAAGGGGAAAAUGUGAGAGUCCACGUCAUCAGCAAGAGUCCUGGCGAUUGUCAGGGAGCUCUCGAUGACCUCCUGGCACUAAAAAAGUAACACAGAGUCAUACAUUAGUCUAGGAAGGUGCAGUAUGGUAUGGAUGACAGCAUUUAAUUUGAAAAUAUUAGUAAAUAUUAAUAAAGAACAAAUAUCACUUGUACGUACAUUUCUUUGUCAGUGUAACUCAGUUUUCAAUUUAAAUUAGGUCUGUACUUUUCUACAUUUAAGUAACAUAAAUACAAACACUAGUGCAGAUACUUCCAGCUUCCAGCAGAGGGAAGCCAAUGGCUGUGAAUAUUAACCCAAAGGCAGUACCCCACAGCCACCUUAUAACCCUAAGAACACUUCUUUCUUCUUCAAGUUCACCAGUUUUUCUCCCUGCUUUCAAAUGCGGUCUUUAAAAACUAAAACACAUUUUAUUCUGAAGAUAUCAGGAAGCAGAGAUGGGAAUUGUGGAGUCACCAAGCCAUCUCCGUGCCAUGUAUUUGUUCUGCUCAGUUACUGAACCAGGUGAAUUCACUUAUGAGCUCACCUUCCUGGCUGCUCAUUGGAAGCAGCUGGUUCAGUGACAGAGCAGAACAAACACAUGGCAUUGAGAUGACUUGGUGAUUCCACAAUCCCCAUCUCUGUCAGGAAGCAUGCUGAAGAAACACAACCUGGUCCUUACCUCAGCAGGGAUCUCCCACUGCAGCCUUUGAGGACCUGGCAGGUUACGGUGGGGACCACCAUGGCAGUGACCUUCCUCUGUGUAUCCCAGCUUUAUAGGAUCCAUGGAAAGAACAUGCUGGGAAACAGAGUUCAAUGUUAUCAUUCGCAGCUCAGUUAAAUGAAGAAUUAAGACACUGGCUGAUUUCACACUUUUGUCUCAAAGCUCUGAAGAAUAUCCUGCCGAUCAGAAUAUGAAUACAUUUCAUCCUCUCUAUGUAUCGCUCCAGAUUGCUGAGCAAUAAAAUGUAAACAGUUAUCAUCGAUGAAGGUAUAUGUAUGACCUGUGACAUAAUCAGGAGCUCAGAGCUCCUCUGCUCAAAACUAUUUUUAUGUACCUCCCACAGAUGGCCAAUGAUUGGAGCAUCUGCCCAGGAGUGCUCUGCGUUCAGUCCCAUGGUGCCGUUCUUGAAAACUAUCAGGUUGAAGGAUUUAUCAAACCACCUGAAUGACAGAAUAAAAAGGUGUCCAUUUAGGAAUGAUGACGUGCUAUUAACUCCAAUCAAAACAAAUACUAAGAUGGUGUGGAAAG